AUGCGACGAAGAGGCGGAAACAACGCAGGGCUGAUUUUGCUCGCCCUACAGGUGGCCCAAAUUGGGUUCGACAAGAUUCCUCCCGUGACGCUCAUCGUCGGGGCCAUCAAUGUGCUCCUCCACUACGUCGAUACGAGGCUGUCGAUCUAUGACGUGUGCAUAGGAGCCGGCAUGGUGUGGCAUCGCUUGGAUCUGCGGCGAUUGCUGCUUGCCUCCUUCUUUCAUCUUGACGAUAUGCAUCUCUACUACAACAUGGUGUCCCUCCUCUGGAAGGGCCGCGACUUGGAGCCGCGAAUGGGCAGCAAGAGAUUCGCCACGUUGGUCGUCCUGUUCGCUCUCGUCUCCAACAUGUUGAUGGUGGUGGGAAGCGUCCUCUUGGAUCGCUUCGCUGACAUGCCAGGCCCCUACAACUCGUGCGCUGUUGGCUUCUCGGCGGUCUUGUUCGCGCUCAAGGUGGUCACCACCCACUACUCCACUUCCCCGUACUCUCACUUCAUGGGGAUGCUCGUGCCCACGCAGUACCUCUACUGGUUCGAGCUGGUGCUCAUCCACCUGCUCGUCCCCGGCUCCUCCUUCUUCGGCCAUCUGUGCGGCAUUCUCACCGGCAUCCUCUACGUCAAGGGCGUCUUCCGGCCCAUAUUGGAGCUCGUCGACUUUGUGCUGAGCUUCUUCUUGGGCGGCCUCCCACCGUCAGCAAGCGGCGGCGGUGGAGGCAGGUCCCUGCGCGACGGUGUCAUCUACACGAACGGCGGCCAUGCACCAUCUCAUGGCUACGCGCACCAGCCAGGGCCAUAUACCGCCACCAGCCAGCCGUCUGCGUCGCCGCACUACUCUGUCGGCCGUGGCGGCAGCUUUGCCGGCCGAGGCUACCGCCUCUCCUGA